CGCACCUCUCCUUCGCCGCGCCGCCUCCGUCGACGGCGCCUCCCGGAGCAGCCAUUCGUCCGUUCAACAUCCGCGCUGACCUGAUCCGCGUCCCGACGGAGAGCAACAGCCCCAGCGGCGGCAUGGCUGGGGGCGAGAGAGUGCCGCCGCCGCCAGCACAGGCCGCCACCAGGCCGGCCGAGACGCCUCCCAGCACCGGAAAACCCGCUGAGGUGUCCGCUCAGGGAGCGGCGAAAUCGGGCGGCAAAUCGACAGAGCAGUCGGCACAGGGCUCCGGCAAGUCCGGUAAGGGCAGUGAACCGCCAGCGCCGGCCUCCGGGAAGACGAGCGGCAAGUCCGAGCAGCCGACGCAGGGAUCCGGCAAGUCCGGUAAGGGCAGUGAACAGACCUCGCACGGCUCGGGAAAGUCAACUGGAAAGUCCGGCGACCACCCUUCACAAGGCUCUGGCAAGCCCAAUGGCAAGACCACCGAGUCAGCCAACAGCUCGGGAAAAUCGGGCAGCAAGUCGCUGGACCAGUCGGGUCCACCGAACUCCAGCAAGUCCAACUCCAAGUCCUCUGAACCUAGCUCCGGCAAAGCAAACGGUGGCAAGGCCGGGGACCAGCCGUCUCCGAAGCCGCCCGACAAGGCGUCGGCGAGCUCGGGCGACUCGAAGCGGCUCUCCUCGGACCGCCCUCCGGAGAGCCCGGGCCGCAGUCCGCGCCGCACCAAGAAGAGCCCGACACGCGGCAGAGACGCCGUCUCACUCGACACCGGUGACGAGCGGAAAAACGGUAAAAAGGCGCGCAAAGUGAGCGCUGUCAAAGGUUCCUCGGCAGACAGCGAACCACCGCCGGCGGCCGCGCCGGCCAGCGCGGGGUCCGGGGAACAGCAGGCUGUGGCCGGCCCGGAAGAGGACGAGGGGGUGCAGAAAGUGCGCGCCCUGGGCCGCCGUACCCUGGCGCUCUGUCAGAGGUCAGACUGGGUGGCCGUCGAGCAGAGUCUGAAGAGCGUCGAGCGGGCCGCGCAGGAGGCCAACAUCGACAACCCGCUGGCCGACAUCGCUGAUGAGAAUGGCUACACGCCACUCAUGUACGCGGCGAAGGACAACCGCGUCAUGGUGGUGGACAAACUCAUCGAGCUCGGCUGCAACGUCAAUCACAUGAGCGAGGAUGGCUUCUCGAUCCUACACUUUGCCGUGCUGCACGCUCGGGAAGAUAUGGUGAAGACGCUGCUGAACAGGAGGGCAGACGUUAACGCCCUCACAGGGCCGAAGAAGAUGACCUGCGUGCACCUGGUGUGUACGCGCACGGCCGGCUUGGCGGUCAACAUCCUCCGGCUGCUGCUACAGACGACGACACGCGACGUCCGCCUCGUCAAGGACGUGAGUUUUGCAACAGAAACGUACACGUUGACGGCACCCAUUCAAGACAAGUUUUUCCACCCAGGCAGCUCCACGCUAAACCAGCGGACACUGCUAAAGGCCCUGCUUGACAAAGACUCGGACGGCAACAUUCCGCUGUUUCUGGCCAUCGAGGCGGGCUCGCAGCACCUCUGCCGCGAGCUGCUCAACUAUCAACCCGAACUGCAGGUGAAGGUGCGGAAGAGCAACAAGGACUCGGUGCUGCACCUGGCCGUGCGGCGGAGAGACAUUGACCUGGCGCGUCUGUUUGUCGACUAUGGAGUCCAAGUGGAUGCCCAGAACAAAGACGGCCAGACUGCUCUUCACAUCGCGGCGGCCGAGGGAGACGAUAUCAUGGUCAAGUUCUUCUACAGCAUCCACGCCAACCCCAACAUCGCCGACCAUUUGGACCGCACGCCGCUACACAUUGCCGCCGAGCGCGGCCACGCCCUGGUGGUGGAGAUCCUUGCCGACAAGUUCAAGGCGUCCGUCAUGGACAGGACCAAGGACGGCAGCACCCUGAUGCACAUCGCCUCCCUCAACGGCCACCCGGAGGCCGUCAUGGCCUUCCUCAGGAAGGGCGUGCCGCUGCAUAUGCCCAACAAGGCGGGUGCCCGCGCCAUCCACACGGCCGCCCUGACCGGUCACGCGGGAGUCAUCAACGCGCUCAUACAGAAGGGAGAGAGCGUCGAUGUCGCCACAAGGGACAACUACACAGCCCUACAUCUGGCCGUGCAGGCGGGGAAAGCCGCCGUGGUGGAGACGCUGCUGGGUCAUGGAGCUCAGGUGGAGAUCAGAGGCGGAGCGCUGCGGGAGACGCCGCUCCACAUCGCUGCCAGGGUUCAGGACGGAGACAAGUGUGCCGAGAUGCUGCUGAAGUCGGGCGCCAGCGUCCAGCUCACCAUGGAGAACGGUCAAACACCUCUGCACGUGGCGGCCCAGUGUGGUCACCUGAAGACCUGUCAGCUGCUGCUGGAGGACGGAGCCGACCCCAUGGCACAGUCCAACAACGGCGAGAACCCGCUGCAUCUGGCCUGCCAGAAUAGCAACUACCAGGUGAUCAGUCUGCUGCGAGACUUUGUCGCCAAGCAGUCCAGCUCGGAAUCCGAGGGCGCGGCGCGACUCAAGAGGCUGAUGAACAUCCGCAACGAGCUGGGUGAGACGGCCGUCCACUACGCCAGCAGGGUCACCCGAGACAGGCUGCACUACCCGCAGGAGGACAAGGACAUCAUCAAACUGCUCUGCGUCAAUGGCGGGUCGCUGGACCUGCUCACCACAAAGGCCAAGGAGACACCGUUUCAUUACGUAGCUCGGCACGGAAAUAAUGCUAUUCUGGAACAGAUGCUGAUUCACCUCAAGGAUGAGGUACCGAACGUCCAAGUAGUGUUGAACCGUCAAAACAGCGGUGGCGCGUCCUGCCUGAUGGUAGCCUCUCAGCAGGGCCAUCUCGAGGUCACCAAAAACCUGCUCCAGCACAACGUCCGAGUGGACGUAUUCGACAGCGACGGUAAGGCAGCGCUCCAUUUAGCCGCUGAGCAGGGCCACUUGGAGGUCUGUAACGCCCUCCUGGCGCACAAGGCCUUCGUCAACUCGCGCUCAAAGAUCGGCCUGACGGCUCUGCACCUGGCUGCCAUGCGCGGCUACAAGGAGCUCGUGCAGACACUCAUUCAGAAACACAACGCCGCUGUUGACGUCAACACGCUGACGAAGAACACGCCCCUCCACUUGGCCGCUGAGGCCGGUCAGAUAGAGGUGUGCAGCGCGCUGAUCCAGAUCCGUAGCGACGCCAACGCGACCAACGACAGCGGCCAGAAGCCGAUCCACCUGGCGGCGCAGAACAACCACUCCGAGGUGGUGAAGCUGUUCCUCAAACACUUCCCGGAGCUCGUCACCACCGCCGACCGGGACGGCAACACGUGCGCCCACAUCGCCGCCAUGAAGGGCUCCGUGGAUGUCAUCCGGGAGCUGAUGAAGUUCAACAAGCAGAUGGUGACGUCGUGCCACAACAAGACGUCCGAGUCGACGCCGCUGCACAUGGCGGCAGAGGGCGGACACGCUGAGGUCGUGCGGGUGCUGAUCGAGGCCGGCGCCAGCCCCACAGAGGAGACCAGGUACGGAUUCACACCGGUGCAUCUGGCGGCGCGGGCCGGUCACAACGGCGUGCUCGCCCAGCUGCGCUCCCAGCACUCGUCAAUGCGCAUCACCAGCCGCAAGAACGGUCUCAGCGCGCUGCACGUGGCUGCCUUCUAUGGCGAGGCUGACAUCGUCCGAGAGCUGCUCCAGCACGUCCCUGCCACGCUGAAGUCGGAGACACCGACUGCGGCCACCUCCUCGUUCAUCCGCGAGCUGGGCUCCGAGUCCGGCCUGACCCCGCUGCACAUGGCCGCUUACAGCGGCAAAGAGAACAUCGUGCGCCUGCUGAUGAACUCGCCUGGCGUUCAGGUGGACGCCACCACAAACCUCAACGCGUACAUCCCUCUGCACCUGGCGUGUGUGGGCGGUCACACGGCCGUGGCUGGCCUGCUGCUCAGCCGCUCCACCGACCAGCUGCACUGCAAGGACCGGCGCGGCCGCACCGGUCUCCACAUCGCCUCCAUGAACGGACACCUGGCCAUGGUGUCACAGCUGCUCGGCCAGGGAGCCGACAUCAACGCGGCAGACAGGGACGGUCUGACAGCGCUUCACUACAGCAGCAAGAACGGCCACCUGGACGUGGUCAAACAACUGAUCGAGAGCGGCGCAUCUCCCAAGUUCGAGACGACCAACGCCAAGACGGCCAUCUGCUUCGCGGUCAGCAACGAGCACUUUGAUGUGAUCGAGUACCUGCUGAGAAAAGAUCACGAUUCGUAUGCUCUGCUGAGCGACAAGAAGUUUGUCAGUGACCUGACCAUGGUGAGCAAAAAGUACGACAACAAGCCUCUUCAGGACUUCAUCCUGCUCUCCCCUGCGCCAGUUGACGUGGCAUCGAAACUGUCCUACAUUCUCUACCAUCUCUCCAUAAAGGAGAAAGAGAAGACCAAGGACCUGCUGGCGGCGUCCCACUACUGCGAGGUGAUGGCGACAGAGAUCCUGUCGCUGGCAGCCGGCUCCAAGUCUGCGGGAAUCCUGCUGCGGGCGCUCGAUUAUCAGCAGAACGAGUUCCUCGACAUCCUCAUCGAGCUGGAACAGAAGGAGGUGAUCGCCCACCCGGCCGUGCAGCGCUACCUGACCGAGGUGUGGCGAGGCCACCUCGACUGGCCCAACUGGAAGACCAUCGGCCUCUUCUUCGCGUUCCUGGCCUGCCCGCCAGUCUGGGUGUUUUUCUCCCUGCCGAUUGGCCACAAGUACUGCAAGGUGCCCGUCAUCAAGUUCACCUCCCACCUGGCCUCCCACAUCUUCUUCAUUGUGCUGCUGAUCCUGACGGUGGUGACGCCGCUGUGGCCCAUCUGGCUGAGCACCAGCCUGGUGCCGCACGUGCCCGAGUGGAUGGUGUUCACCUGGCUGUCGGGCAUGCUGCUGUCGGAGCUGACCAAUCCGCGCGACCGAGCCGGACUGGGGAUGCUGAGGAUAGUCAGCUUAAUCACCGGCGGCCUGGCGCUAGGAGUGCAUCUGGUGGGAUUCGCCUUCAGCUCCGAACAUGAUCGACAAGAUGUGCUCUACAUACGGAACCAGCUGCUGGCCGUGGCCAUGUUAUUCGCCUGCGUCCAGCUGCUCGACUUCCUCACCUUCCAUCGGCUCUUCGGUCCGUGGACGGUCAUCAUUCGAGCGCUGAUGGUCGAUCUCGGCAGGUUCCUGGUGAUCAUGUCCAUUUUCGUGCUGGGUUUCACGCUGCAUGUGGCGGCCAUCUACCAGCCAGUGCGACCCAUGUUCACGAACGGCACCGACUCCGGACUGGGCUACCCACCGAACGAGGCUCCGGUGCAGACUCCGCUGCAGACGCUGGAGAUGAUGUUCUUCUCCAUCUUCGGCCUGGUGGACACCUACGACUACCUGCCGCCGCUCAACUCUCACCCGGCCUGGUCGCAGACGCUCAUCAAGUUCGUGUUCGGCUCGUACAUGAUCGUGGCCGUGGUGGUGCUCAUCAACCUGCUGAUUGCUAUGAUGUCCGAUACCUACCAGAGGAUUCAGUCGAAAUCGGAUACCGAGUGGAAGUUUGGCCUGGCGAAGCUGAUCCGGAAUACCAACAGGACGUCGUCGGCGCCGGCACCGCUGAACCUGUUCACCAAACUGUUCAUCUACAUACACGCCUUCAUCAAAUUCAAAGGUCGCCUGUGUGACCCGCGCGCCCUCGAGUAUAUGAAGACAGAGCGACUGCCCAAGGACGAGAAGAAACUGGACAUGACGACCAACGUGGGAGGCAACUGGAUGGGCAAGAUGCGCAAAAAGUCGGUCGGGCCCGGGCUCGCGCUACCAGUCACCGCCCGCACCGCCCGCCGCUCCACCGCCGACUUUGCCAUAGACAUGAAUCACUCCAACCUGAGCGUGCAGCCUUCCAGCGCGUCCAACAUCACGGGGCCGCGGCGACUGGAGAACGUUAUAGACUGGCCAAAGGUGGUGGAGAAAUACCUGGCCAACACUGGCCAGAACACCUCGCUACACAAGGGCGGUGGUCUGAUGGACAACGACAACGCAGCUGAGGCGGAAACGACCGACAACGGCCAAGUGUGAACAGCUGCGCUGGGGUCAGGGACACAGUCGUGACACCGGUCAGGUCAAGGUCACCCGUGAGCCGCCGCCGCAGUGAGGUCAUGGCGGUUACUGGGCGGCUUACUGACCGGUUAUUCUGGACCAAGCGUUGCGCUGAUCGUGCACUUACUGUGCCCUCCGUAGCAUGAGCGGCAUAAGGCAAGAGCCGUUCGCGGAGGACCGUGUUUGUGGCCACCGUCACAUGCAUAUCAAAGAGCUGUGUGAGUCGCCGCCGCGCCCGCCCGUCUGUCCCUUGAGCGUGCAUUGUGGCCGCCCCGGCGUCUGGCAUCACAGAGCUGUACGGCGUGGCGGGGGGGGGGGUUGGCUGGAGAUAGAUCGGGGACUGAACGACCGAGAUGUCGAGUUGUAGAGGUCUGGCGGUUCAGACCGAAAAGUAGGUUACCAGAGCCGCGGGUCGGCUGGUCAGCUGAUGGUGUAUAACUACAUAAUGAGGGAAUUUAGUUGGUCAGUUGGAGGGAGAUAUUGAGGAACUUGUGGCAGCAAUACUGAGGGUAGGAGGUUUUCGAUAAGUGAGACUCUGUUAGUGUACGUGUACUGAUACUGACGAAGAACCCCGCAUCAAUUUCUUAUUGUGAGCAACGUGAUGGCGUCAGUUUAUGUUUGUGGGUCUUCAGACACCACAUAACAAUAUUUAUUUGAUAUUUAUUGUGACCGAUUCUGCGACGACCGACCGAUUUCGCCCAUAUUUAACAUUAGGAAGAUUUAUCUAUUGGUACUUACGAGUAUACGUUACUGAACACUUGUUUUGUUUGAUGCCUUUAAAUAGUGUUCUUUUUUUGUGGACAUGCAUGCCGAGAAACGCGUUCGUCGCAUCUCUUUGCUCUGACUUGUCUGAAAGACAGAGCCAACAUACGAAUCACAUCGGACUUGGACGUCAAGCCUUGCAUUUUGUAAUGACGGUGGGGUAAAAGUGCGAUAUUUUUAGCUCAUCUAUUUACUAUAUAUGUAUUAAAAACUAUUAAAUGAGUGUGUGAUGAAAUGAUGUACAAGACAGUGUGAAGUUGUUGCACAUGAUUUUCUUGUGAUCAUUGGGCAAGCAGCACAAGUUAGCUUCACCUAGUUUGAUGUAUGGUUACCGGAUAGUUGAUGUUAUGGGUAGGCAGCAUUGAGGACAGAAUUGCAUUCAUCUGAGUGGUGCGUAGAAAAAAAAUGUGCCCAUACAAAAUAUGUUGCUUGCAGAUGAGAAGAUGACAGCAUGAUGAGACUUAUCGCGGAGAAACCAACAUCCAAUGCGUGCUGAUCACACAGCCUUGCGUCAGGUUACGGAAACAUGUUUAGCUCCGUAACUGACCUCGUAAACUGUCGAAAUUCCGUCUGACGACAUAUAUUACGCGUUUUUUGCGAGCGCCGCGGUGUCUAUGUUGUCUGGUGCGACGGACACCACUAGAGUCUUGGGCGCCCAAAACAGCGAUUUUGCUGGGCGAUUGGAAUAUUGUAGAUCACACAUUGAAUGAUGAAAAUAUAUUGAACCACCAAACGUC